UUGUAAAUUCACCACAGAAGUAUUGAUCCCGUUUAAAUGAGAUUGAAAAACAACACGAGUUAAAAAUAAAAGAACGUAAUGAAGUGCAGAUCGCUAUUCAGAAUAGUUUAUAAAAUAAAUCGGAGAGAUCUAUUAUCACAAGAUGGCGACGGCAGCAAAGUGGGGUUAGAGCUUCUCAUCAAUGUGUUUUAUAACCUAUGCUUUUAAUUUGCGCGCGAAGACGCGGUAAACGUUAUUUAUAACCGCAAUAUCCGUGACAUUCGUGUUGGGACGUGGGGGAGAGAAGAACAUUUAACGAGACGAAUUUCAAGCAAGGUUGCGUUUACUGAAAUCUCUUGAAAAAUGGCGAAUAAAAUAGCAAGGGAUUACACCAAAGACAAUGAACAAAUAAAGACCUUCUUCCUGGAAUUCGUGGCGAUCGACGAUAAGUCAGGAGAUAAAACCUUCAAAUAUAGACAGAUGCUUACCAAGAUAGCACACAGAGAACAAAUCAGCUUCGAGAUCGAUCUGGAUGAUGUGCUGUCGUUUGACGACGAAUUAGCCAUGUCUAUCGUUAAUAAUACACGACGAUAUACUAAUUUAGUCCUGAAUCUGGUUCAAGAGAUGCUGCCUGACUUCAAGGAAGGGGUUGUUCUGCCUAAAGAUCCAUUGGACGUGUACACGGAGCAUCGAUUAUUAUUGGAAGCACGUAACAGGGCUCCAGGUGGACCUCAAAGUGCUCUCAAAACUAAUUAUGCUCCUGAGUUGAUGCGUCGCUUUGAAGUCUACUUUAAAGAUUUCUCUGAUGCGAAGGCAUAUUCAGUGAGAGAUAUCAAGGCGGACAAGAUUGGGAAGUUGGUGACAGUUAGAGGUAUUGUUACUAAAGCAACUGAAGUAAAGCCGAUGAUAGUUGUGGCGACGUAUACGUGCGACGAGUGUGGUUCGGAAGUGAGCCAGCCGGUACAUUCCAUGAGCUUCAUGCCAAUACGAACAUGCCCGAGCGACGGAUGCCGCGUAAAUAAAUCCGGUGGCAGGUUGUAUCUGCAGACAAAGGGCUCAAAGUUCGUCAAAUUUCAAGAAAUAAAAUUGCAAGAACAUAGCGAGCAGGUUCCGGUCGGUCACAUACCACGAUCAUUGACCAUCUUCUGUCGUGGCGAAACAACGAGAACUUGCCUGCCCGGGGAUCACGUCAUCAUAACCGGUGUGUUUCUACCUUUCUUGAAAACGGGUUUUCAUGCUAGAGCAGGACCUGCGCUGUCCAGUGAAACUUACUUGGAUGCACAUAAAGUGAUAUGUCUGAAUAAUGUGAAUACCAUAGACGAGAGCAAUGCAGAAUUGACCGAUGAAGAACUCAGUUUACUGAUGCAGGAUGAUUUUUACAACAAGUUGGCUUGUUCCUUAGCUCCUGAAAUUUAUGGACUUGAAGAUGUAAAGAAGGCGUUGCUUCUGCUUCUCGUUGGGGGAACGGACAAGAAAAGAGGCGAUAUUAAAAUUCGAGGCAAUAUCAAUAUUUGUUUGAUGGGAGAUCCUGGUGUGGCAAAGUCGCAAUUAUUAUCCUACAUUACGCGAUUGGCCCCAAGAUCGCAGUACACCACAGGACGAGGAUCGUCUGGCGUGGGUUUGACCGCUGCUAUCAUGAAGGAUCCUUUAACGGGCCAAAUGGUGCUGGAAGGUGGAGCUUUAGUAUUGGCGGAUCAGGGGGUGUGUUGCAUCGAUGAAUUUGAUAAAAUGGCAGACGCGGACAGAACGGCGAUUCACGAAGUGAUGGAACAACAGACCAUAUCUAUCGCCAAAGCUGGUAUAAUGGCCCGUUUGAAUGCCAGAGUCUCUAUAUUAGCCGCCGCCAAUCCGGCAUACGGCAGAUAUAAUCCGCAGAGAACGGUCGAGCAGAAUAUUCAAUUGCCCGCCGCCCUGCUGUCACGAUUUGACUUAUUGUGGCUUAUUCAGGAUCGCGCAGAUCGGAGUAAUGAUCUUAAACUCGCGCAACAUAUCACGUAUGUUCAUCAACAUUGCUCACAACCUCCGACAGAGACGGAAGCCAUAGAUAUGCAAUUGAUAAGAAAAUACAUAAAUCUGUGUAAAACGAAAGAACCUGUUGUAUCAGAAGAAUUAACGGAAUAUAUUGUGGACUCUUAUGUGGAAAUGCGGAAAGAAGCGCGUAACAGCCACGACAAAACAUUCACUUCCGCUCGUAAUCUAUUGGCUAUCCUCCGAUUGUCGACGGCAUUAGCACGAUUGCGGUUAUCGAACGUGGUUGAUAAGGACGACAUAGCAGAAGCAAACAGAUUAGUAGAGAUGUCCAAACAUUCGAUCAAUUACUCCGAACAACGCACCAACAACGCGCAACAGAAUCCGACUAACAGAAUCUUCCAAUUAAUACGCGAGCUCGCUGGCGAUAAGAAAACUGUCAAAGUGUCAGAUAUUCUGGAGCGAUGUACGAGCAAAGGAUUCAAACCUGAUCCAGUAUAUAGAUGCAUCGAGGAAUACGAAGCGUUGAACGUAUGGCAGGUCAAUCAAACCAGAAGAUUAAUUACUUUUAUUUAAUUUAUAGCUUUGAAGACAAUAUCUACUGCAGAAACUAACAUUUUUUAUACCUUGGAAGGCAUUUUUACAAUAAAAGAUUAAUCAAUAUUCA